GGAAGUGGGCUUCCAGGCCCACCAGGAUCUUGGCUAGAAUCUGCUUGGGAUCGGGAAGGGCGGUGCCAUCCCCAUUACUCAACCCUCUUCGCCAUCAGUCCCCUCCCCUCAGCGGAUAAACAAACACCAGCGCGUGACUUUAAUGACUUCAAAGCAGCUUCACCAACUUCGAAAAGUUGCUUCUUCCUUCUUCGAGCGUCGGCUCUCUUUCUUCCCAAAAUCUUCCAGCGGCAGAUUGGGUGGAAGGCGUGUUUGAAAAUAAAAAAAACAUCCAGGCGCCGUUUACUUUGGGGAGACCUGUUUAACCUCGUACAUUGAGGCUUCAUAUCUUUGGAGAUUAUUUAAUUGCUGGAGUAACCCUACAAAAUACAGGUGGCGGCUGACAGUGCGAUGGACCUGACUGGGUUCCUACUGGAUGAAGAAGGCACCUUCUCCCUUACCGGUUUCCAGGACUUCACGUUCCUUCCAGGCCACCAAAAGCUGAGCGCUCGAAUCCGAAGGAGACUCUAUUAUGGCUGGGACUUGGAGACAGACUGCAACCUGGAGGAGCUCUCCAGCCCGGUGGCAGACAUUACUGUGGAACUUCUUCAGAAAGCAGCACCCAGUCCUAUUCGCCGACUCCAGAAAAAAUAUGUAGCCCACGUGUCCCGAGAGGCUUGCAUCUCCCCGUGUGCUAUGAUGUUAGCUCUGGUAUACAUUGAGCGGCUCCGGCACCGAAACCCAGAUUAUCUGCAGCACGUGUCUUCUUCUGAUUUGUUUCUGAUCUCCAUGAUGGUGGCCAGUAAAUACCUUUAUGAUGAAGGGGAGGAAGAGGAGGUCUUCAAUGAUGAAUGGGGAGCGGCUGGGGGAGUGGCUGUGGCUACUCUCAAUGCCUUGGAAAGGAGCUUCCUGAGUGCCAUGGAUUGGCGACUCUACACUGAUCCUCGGGAGAUCUUUGAGGUGCUGAGUUGGCUGGAGAGCUGUGUGGCUGAGCAGCAAGGCCGGCGGCGGGGCUGGUACACCUACACAGACCUGUGUGUGCUGCUGGAGCAGCCAGCGUGGCAGCUGUCUCUGGGCUCCCUCUGCCAGCGGCUGGUAAAGCUGUCCUGCCUGUUAGCUGUGGCAUAUGUGAGCAGCGUGGCCCUAGCUGUGGCAUCAGUGACUGUAAUACACCAGUCCUUGGGGCUGUCCUCCAGCCCCCCACCAGGUCCUCCUGAGCUCACACUGGUCUCCAAGAGCCUCGUGCAGCCCUGCAUACCUGCCCCCGUGCCACAGUGCCUGACUAACGUCUCCAGCUGCCUGGAUGGCAGUGUAGAGUUACCAUCACUCUGGGGCAGUCUUCUGGCCCCGUUGACAUCCCCUCUGAUGCCUCCCCCAGACCCUCCUGCCCCUCCUGCCCCUCUCCACAAAUGCCCCUAUUGCCAGAAGUUCCAGAGAAAUCCCCCAAACUGCCGUGCCUGCCACCAGCCUAACCGUACGGUGUCUACUGGGCCUUCUCACCCCUUUGACCAUACCCAUGGCCUGGCCCCACCCUGGCUCUGGAGCCCAGGGGCCCCUCCAUUCCUCCAGCCCCAGCAGUGUUCUCUUUUCAGGGUCAUGGAGCUGGCUCGUCUCAAGUCCGUCAUUUUCCCAGGCUAGGUAGGGCUCUGAGGAGUACAUUAGGAGGGUGCAGGAGUCCUUGAGAACCUGGAAGAGGAAAACUUGAUUUAGAUUUUUGCUACCUCUCUGGGCCCUUGGCUAGUCCCCUGUCCUCCUGGGUAGGAGCAUGAGGGACUAUGGGGGCAGUACAAAGUCAUCCACUCUCCUAGACCUUAGAGGCUGGCUGGCAGGCUAGGACACCAUGGUGCCUGGGACAGUGUCAGCCCAGUGACCAGAGGUAUGCCACAGAUGACAGAGAAUCACCUAUCUCUGCCUCCACAAGCCCAGGGAAGUAGAUUUUUGCUUUGCCCUUUCCAAAGAUGGAAAGGUAAAGGUGUGGGAGGUGUGGGACAUGGAUGCAGAGAGGAGGGAAGUGCUGACUGGGUCUGUGAUGCCUCUGAGUCAGGAAGACCAAGGUGAGACUGCAGAGGGAGGGAGGGAGGGCCAGAAGGUUCCCUGAGGCAGGAAACCUGCCAGCCUGUCCCUUGGGUGCAGUUGUCUGUCACAGCCAAGAUUGCCGGGUCUUUUAACUUUGUCCUUUUGUCUUCCGACCAUCCUGUUCCAAGGCUUCCCACUCUGCCUUUCUGGGUGUUCUCCUCACUGGCCUCUCGGGGCGCCACUGCUUUGUAUCUGGGUUUUUCACGCUUUUCUAGAACCAAGGUUUCAAUAAACAGUUUCCGUUGCCUG